UCACGGGAGGGUAAUGAAGCUGAGUAGAAAGGGAACAAGAAAGCUGGUGGCUUGAACGGUAGCGGUAAAGGGCUGUGGGGGGAGGAGAAGGUGGUGGUGGUGUUGGUGGAAGAUGAUUUAAGGGGAACCCGAAUCCAUCAUAAUAAUAAAUGACCAUUGAGCUGGACGCCUGGCAAGGCGGUCGCUUAUGCCUGAAACGUGACCCGCCCUGGCCACCAUGUGCCCUCUGCGCCUGGAAACGCUGUUCUGUCCUGCCUGCCCGCCCGUCUGUCAAUUCGCCUCCUUUUGCACGCUCCCCCUCCAUGCAUUGGUUGGUUGGUUGCUUUUUCUUCAGCUGCUGCAGGCUCGCUGCGUCCCGUCAUAUCUGCCUUAUGGAAAUGCCCGUUGCCUAGACAUAGUCGUUUGAAUGGCUGCUAGUCGAGCGCAGCCUUGCAUCUAAUCUGUAAGUAGGCGCCUUUUGGCCAGUUGGUG